AGUAAGGAAACGCGGCCUAAGCAACAUUUGCCUCGCGGAAAGUUGCAUCUCGUGUAUAUUCUCCUAUUAGUCUGCGUGGCUGGUAUCAGCAAUUGUUUACCACCAAUCCUCAUGACACGGCCUGUCUAUUUUGGAGCCGAGCCACUCAAGUCGGAAAUUCGUCUGAAAACGUCUACGCGAGUCUUCCAGCAAGACUACGCCUACGCGAUGCCGCCUUCCCCCGAGGUCGAUGCUGCGUGGUCCUCCCUUCUCCCGCAAAACGGCGGCUUCUUCACGCACCCGACACUUGCACCAACAGAGAGCUGCGUGGCGGUUUUCCAUCAGAUUCACUGCCUUGACAUGCUACGCAAGGCACUUUACGAGGCACGCAAUGAUACUAUGGAACACCCAAAGCACGAGAGAAAGAACCCGGAUGACCUCGACGGAAAGAUUUAUGCGAGCGAGGCGGAGGAGCUCAAUGCGUCUCACGACAUGGACCAUCUAGGACAUUGCUUUGAUCUCUUGCGCCAAGUCAUCAUGUGCAAGCCUGAUCUCACGAUCGAAGUUGCCAACGUCGUAGUCGACGGCGUGACGGGUUUCGACACAGAACAUCAGUGCAUUGACUGA